AUGUCCCAGCCUGAUGUCCCAACAUGUCCCAGUUCGCAUUGUUCUGCAUGUCCUUCCUGGCAUUAUUUCCCAACAUGUCCCAGUUCACAUUAUUCUGCACGUCCUUCCAGGCGUGAUAUCCCAACAUGUCCAAGUUUAUCUCAGCUGGCAUUUUUAUUAAUAACUCAGCAGUUCGCAUUCUUAUGCACGUUCUGCCAUGUUCCUAGUAUUAUUAUUGUUUUUGAACAAGUUUACUCAUAUCACUGGGAUGCAAUCAGUUUCAAACAGUGUCUUCUCCAGCAUUUUGGUGUUACUUCAAAAUGA